CAAUUUGAUCUUGUAUAGGUAAGGAGGAUAUAACAGCUCAAGUCCAUUUACUCCGGUCCAAGAAUAGACCGAGUUUAAUCUCCUUACGCCAUCCACUGCUGUAAUAAAAUGGGCUCAUGCAUCAAUGGUGUGACAUUUGUAACUAAAAUUUAGUUGAGCACUCAACCCUAAAUCAUUGAGCUGUGUACUCCAACAUUAAGCAUUUUAUAAAACCAUCAUGCUUCUUUCAAAUGGGUUGAUAAGUUGGUUUUGACAGCAGCACAGCUUGAUGCGUACUCUCAAUAUAUUGACGUCACAUCGGGUCAGAAUGAAUUAGUUUGAGGUCACCUGAUGUUUCAGACUACUCACCUGCUACUGACUGCACCCUGCAGGCAACAACUAACAACAAGUUUUCUUCAUUGGUAAGAAUGUACCCGACAACCCUAACACAGCUGGCACAGUCGAGUCCUUUCCACACUCCCCUGUUCUCCAUUAAACCUGUGGAAACUCAGAAAAAAGAUGGUAGGAAACUUGCUGCCGCUGCUUAUAACGAUGCAGAUGUGAGCUGUGAAUAUGGGUCAAAUAAAUAUUACGCCCUCUGCGGUUUUGGUGGGGUUUUGAGCUGUGGACUCACACACACAGCAGUUGUGCCCCUUGACCUCAUUAAAUGUCGCAUCCAGGUUGACCCAGUCAAGUACAAGUCAAUUUUUAAUGGCUUCUCUGUCACUUUGAGAGAAGAUGGUGUCAGGGGCCUGGGCAGAGGAUGGGCCCCUACAUUCAUUGGUUAUUCAAUGCAAGGCCUUUGCAAGUUCGGUUUCUAUGAAGUCUUUAAGGCCUUCUAUAACGACAUGCUUGGAGAGGAGAAGGCUUAUAUAUGGAGGACCUCUGUUUAUCUGGCCGCCUCUGCCAGCGCUGAGUUUUUUGCAGAUAUCGCGCUGGCUCCUAUGGAAGCGUGCAAAGUGCGCAUUCAGACGCAGCCCGGCUAUGCAAACACCUUGAGAGAGUGCGCUCCCAGAAUGCAUGCUGAGGAGGGGCUAAAAGCGUUCUAUAAGGGUGUUUAUCCCCUGUGGCUAAGGCAGAUCCCCUACACCAUGAUGAAAUUUGCCUGUUUCGAGCGUACGGUUGAGAUGCUAUAUAAGUAUGUAGUGCCCAAACCCCGCAGUGAAUGUUCCAAGCCUGAGCAGCUGGUGGUGACUUUUAUUGCCGGUUACAUUGCUGGUGUGUUCUGCGCUGUGGUGUCGCACCCUGCCGACUCUGUGGUGUCUGUACUGAACAAAGAGAAGGGAAGCUCAGCUGUGGAGGUGCUGAAAAGACUGGGACCUGAAGGUGUAUGGAAAGGGCUGUUCGCCCGCAUCAUUAUGAUUGGCACACUGACGGCCCUACAGUGGUUCAUUUAUGACUCUGUAAAGGUUUACUUUCGCUUGCCACGCCCACCACCCCCAGAGAUGCCCGAGUCCCUUAAGAGAAAGAUGGGUCUCUGAGAUUAUUAACAACCACCAAACCCUUUGUAACCACACAUAUAAAGAUUUUUCUCCACAUGAUUUUCUGUG